AUGCUGAUUGUCGAGUGCAAAGGGUCGCCUUACGAGAUAGGAGAGCAGCAUGGCACUGCUGCAAAAACUCAUAUUGAUCGAUGCAUCGCCUUCUACGCUUCACUGUUUGAGAAGACGAGCAAGCUAGACUGGUCAGAAGUCCAGGAUGUGGCCAGCACCUUUGAGCCACGCAUCCAACAGGCGUGGCCAGAGUAUUAUGAAGAAAUGAAAGGAGUCGCCCACGGCUCAGAUCGACCCAUUUCAGAUAUCAUUGCGCUGAACGUGCGAACCGAGAUCGCUUUUGGCAAUUUCAGCGACGGAUGUACCUCGCUGGCAUGGCAUACGGAGAAACGAGCGUACCUGGGCCAAAAUUGGGACUGGAAAGAGGCUCAAAAAGAGAACCUCAUCGUGCUCAAGAUCGACCAGCCUGGAAAACCAGCGAUCCAAAUGAUCACCGAGGCAGGUAUCAUCGGCAAGAUAGGCUUCAACUCUGCCGGUGUCGGGGUAUGUCUGAAUGCCAUUCGAGCCAAGGGAAUGGACCCGUCGCGGCUACCAGUCCACCUCGGGCUGCGCAUGGCAUUGGAAUGCUCGACGGCCAAGCAGGCAGUCGAGGCCCUGGAGAGCUACGGCAUGGCCGCUCCGGCGCAUAUUCUGAUCGCUGACCCGGACGAUGCCAUCGGAUUCGAAUUUUCGUCGACCACCACCGCCAGGCUGCUUCCUGAUGCCAAAGGCCGAGUGGUCCAUUCCAAUCAUUUGCUUCUCAAGCACCCGGGCGUCGUGGACACCGUGUGGAUCAAGGACUCGUUGUUCCGGGCCCCUAGAAUGACCGAGCUCAGCGAUGCCCUACAAACGACUGACAAUCCCAAUCCGACCUGGGCGGAGGUCUCGCGGCUGUUUGAGGACGAAAAGAAUGCUCCUGCGGCAAUCUGCCGCGCGCAGACCGGCGAGUCCGAGUCGGCCACCUUGUUCAACAUCCUCAUGGAUCUGAGGCAGAAGAAGGCUGUCAUUCGGAUGGGCAAGCCGAACCAGGUGGAAGAGACUGUUAGUUUGGAGUUUUGA